AUGGCCAUAAAAUCAAGUUCUGCCGAUAACAAAACAAGAAGCUCUGUUCAGAUCUUCAUUGUCUUCAGCUUAUGUUGCUUCUUCUACAUUCUCGGAGCAUGGCAACGAAGCGGCUUCGGCAAAGGAGACAGCAUAGCUCUCGAGAUGACAAACAGUGGAGCUGACUGCAACAUCGUCCCAAGCCUAAACUUCGAGACACAUCAUGCAGGAGAGUCAAGCAUCUCUGGUGCCUCAGCAAAGGUUAAAGCUUACGAGCCUUGUGAUGCUAGUUACACUGAUUACACUCCCUGUCAAGACCAGAGGCGUGCGAUGACUUUCCCUAGAGAUAGUAUGAUUUACCGUGAAAGGCAUUGCGCUCCAGAGAGUGAGAAGCUUCAUUGCCUUGUGCCUGCUCCUAAAGGAUAUGUUACACCUUUCUCUUGGCCUAAGAGUAGAGACUAUGUGCCUUAUGCUAAUGCUCCGUACAAGGCUUUGACUGUUGAGAAGGCUAUUCAGAAUUGGAUUCAGUAUGAGGGUGAGGUUUUUAGGUUCCCUGGUGGUGGGACUCAGUUCCCUCAAGGUGCUGAUAAGUAUAUUGAUCAGCUUGCGGAGGUGAUACCUAUGGGGAAUGGAACUGUUAGGACUGCUUUGGAUACUGGUUGUGGGGUUGCAAGCUGGGGAGCAUACUUAUGGAGUAGAAACGUGCGUGCAAUGUCUUUUGCACCAAGAGACUCCCACGAGGCUCAGGUUCAGUUUGCUUUAGAGAGAGGUGUUCCCGCUGUUAUUGGUGUUCUUGGCACCAUAAAGUUGCCAUACCCAACACGGGCUUUCGACAUGGCUCAUUGCUCUCGUUGUUUGAUUCCAUGGGGAGCAAAUGAUGGGAUGUACUUGAUGGAAGUUGACCGUGUGCUUAGACCCGGUGGCUACUGGAUUCUGUCUGGUCCUCCAAUCAACUGGAAAAUCAACUACAAGGCAUGGCAACGUCCCAAGGAAGAGCUUGAAGAGGAACAAAGAAAGAUUGAGGAAGCUGCUAAGCUUCUUUGUUGGGAGAAGAAGUAUGAGCACGGAGAGAUCGCCAUUUGGCAGAAGAGAGUCAAUGAUGAUGCAUGCCGUUCAAGACAAGAUGAUCCUAGAGCCAACUUCUGCAAAACUGAUGACACCGAUGAUGUCUGGUACAAGAAAAUGGAGGCAUGUAUUACACCGUAUCCAGAGACAAGUAGCUCAGAUGAAGUGGCUGGAGGAGAACUUCAGGCUUUCCCUGAUAGGCUCAACGCAGUGCCGCCUAGGAUCUCUAGCGGUUCCAUCUCUGGUGUGACGGUUGAUGCUUAUGAAGAUGAUAACAGACAGUGGAAGAAACAUGUGAAAGCCUACAAGAGAAUCAACAGUUUACUUGACACAGGAAGGUACCGUAACAUCAUGGACAUGAACGCAGGGUUUGGUGGAUUUGCUGCUGCUCUCGAAUCACAAAAGCUUUGGGUUAUGAAUGUUGUCCCCACCAUUGCUGAAAAGAACAGACUUGGAGUUGUAUAUGAACGAGGACUCAUUGGAAUCUACCAUGACUGGUGUGAGGCUUUCUCUACAUACCCAAGAACAUAUGACUUAAUCCAUGCAAACCACCUCUUCAGUUUGUACAAGAACAAGUGCAAUGCGGAUGAGAUUCUUCUGGAAAUGGAUAGGAUACUCCGUCCAGAAGGAGCAGUUAUAAUCAGGGACGAUGUUGACACAUUGAUCAAGGUGAAGAGAACCAUAUCUGGAAUGAGAUGGGACUCGAAGCUGGUUGAUCAUGAGGAUGGUCCUUUAAUUAAUGAGAAGGUUUUGAUUGCCGUGAAGCAGUAUUGGGUCACCAACUCUACCUCCUCUAAGUGA